AGUACAUUUCACCUUGAGGUUGUUAAACAACGCAUAGUAUGGAGACAAAACUCUCUGUUAUAAAAACAAAUGAUGUGUAAUGAUGUAGAAGUAUUUAGGUCUACAUAUAUACACAUAUGUAGACUGAAUGUAAAAUGUGACUCUAGUUUGAAAGUUUUGGGCAUUUAAAAUUUCAACGAUUGUUAUCAUGACUUGCAAUGAAUUUGUAGUCUUGUUUGUACUCUCUAUGUCAUACUAUUUCAUUAAAGUAGAAAGCGAGAUGAGAUCUCCAGACGAAAAAACAUGUGCACCAGGGUUUGUUUGUGUUCAUGGGUAUUGCGACAAACCACGAUUUUACUGUGUAUGUGACUCUGGGUGGAAACAACCUUUUUGUGAGACUUCAGAAUGCAAAUGUGUGGACGGUGAAAGUUGUGUUUUUCAAAAUGGAGUUUACCGUUGUGAAGAUGAGUCAAAUAAUUACACACCUGAUGGUACGUCAAUUGGAAACGUAACCUUUGAUUCAACAAGCUACCGGCCGUCUUACAUGGACAAUGGAACAACAGUUUCACCAUCUAAUGUCUACUGUGUUAACAACUCUGGAUGUGAACAUGGUGUCUGUGAGGAAGCACGUUGUAUUUGUGAUAGUAACUGGGCUGGUAAUCGAUGCGAAAAGCAUUGCCCGCGUUUUUGUUUCCCACCAAAAGCAUGUGUAUACCAUGACGGACAAUUAUCGUGUGAAAUUAUAAACAAAACUAUAAACGAUAUAACAACCAAUACUGUUGCUGUUGAAGGUACAACAGUUAAUAAACCUGUCGAUAUCCAAGCUAGAAAUGUAUGUUCUCAUCUUUAUCUAACAAGACCUGUCCAUGAAAGGGAAUGUAUGCCAAAUGGGUUUAGGUGUCAUUUUGGUGUGUGUAAUGCAAUAUACUUACCUACACAAAUAGAAAUGAAUUGUACGUGUGAUCCUGGUAGUUAUGGAGGACAAUGUGAUAAGAUUUGUUGUCGGGACUGCAGUCCACCCUAUGGUUCUUGUCGUCUAAAUGAGACUGGUCAUGAGUACUGUGAUUGUCAGCAUGACUACACCGGAAAACAUUGUGAAAGAAUGAGACCAACCAGACUACCAGAUGAUACUUCAUGGACAUGGUGGGUUAUUGUUGGAUGUGUUAUUGUGGUAUUUUGUCUCUUUGCCUUAGUUGCUGCGAUACUUUAUUGUAUGUGGCGACAUAGAGUUCUCAUGAUUAUGAAAAUUGUUCACAGGUUUCAACCUUUUGAAGACGGCGACGAUAAAGACUUUGAUGCCUUCGUGUCAUACAGGUCGUCAGAAGCAGAUGAAGAGUUUGUCUAUAAACGACUUUACCCUAAGUUGGAAAAAGAGAUGGGGUUUAAACUUUGUUUACAUUACAGAGACUUUAUACCUGGGGAUACAAUAGCAAACAAUAUAAUAUGGGCCAUAAACAACAGCAGACGUACAAUCAUCGUUAUCAGUCAACAAUAUAUACAGAGCGACUUUACACGGUUCGAGUACCAAGUAGCCCAGACAGAGAUGUUAAAAAGGAAACAUAAGAUCAUCCCAGUACUUCUGGAAGACAUAAAUCAUGUGGAGCAUGAGAUGGACGAAAAUCUAAAAAUAAUCAUAGAAUCUGUUACUUACAUUAAAUGGCCAGGUGAAAAUACUUCCAAAGCCUUAGACCAGUUUUGGAAACAACUACACUUAUCAUUACCAAAGAAACAUAAACAGUCAUCUUCCUCACCUUUUAGUUUCUCAAACAGUAUUUCUUCAUUUAGACUUAGUGAUAAAGGUAGUCAAGAUAUUGUCUCCGAAACUAUUUUAACUAAAUCCGUGAAACCAGAGAAAAAUCCAUUGGUAGAAAUUCUGGACUCUGGGUCCUACCAUAGCUACUGUGACGAUCGUGAUGAAGGCAGCAAUGAUGAUGACAAUGAGAAUUCAUGUGAAGUUCAAAUUGAAAUUGACAUAGAUCAGAUUGAAGUGAAAUGCUAAACAGAGGAGACCGAAGCAGGAUUAUGUUAUAUACUGAACUGUAUGUACCAUGAGUGUUAUCAAUGAUGGAAUGUGAUAAAAAUCUUUUAACAAAAUGAUGGAGGUAAUAUCGCAUGAUUGUUUUUUACCAAAGUUGAUCGUAUGAGCGAUUGGGAAGAAAAUAUCAAGGUUGUGUUUUUGUUAACAUAUUGUUCAGAUAAAUGGGCGUUACUUUAAGUGGGAUGGUUGAUACUGCAAAACAUAUUUUAACCAUCAUAUGUGCAUGUGCCGGCAGUUGAAUUAAAAUGACAUCUGUGAUAUUGCUAUGCUUAUAACAUUAUGCAAGUAAAGAAAUAUCGGAAUUUUAAUUAGAUUGUUUUGCCUGUCUAAGACAGGAAACUCGUU